GACAGAAUUGGUGUUAUUUAAAUAAAAUUGAACCGAAUAACACUGAGAAAUCUGAUAAUGAUUAAUAACAGCCCUACAGACAGCUGCACCUCUGUAAGUGGCUUCAAGGAAACCAAACCAAAACCUCUCUUCCCUACAGAAACCUGUUGCUAGGCAACAGCGAGGUUCGACCACUUCUCCAGGAUGAGAGAAUGGCGUCUCUGCUGCCACCUGUAGGUAUGGAGGUUUUCAGAUGCUUCACAGCAGUCUCAAAGGAGGUGGUCCAACAACGACACGAAGCUGAGGUAAAGGAGCGAAAGGCGUGGAAGCACCAAAAGGCAAGUGAGAAAAACCUGACCAAACCUGCUCGUCACCUGGAGACUGGGAAGUCCCUCCCUUUCAUCUAUGGUGCCCCCCCCCCUCAGCUUCUCUGCACCCCAUUGGAGGAUCUGGAUCCCUUCUACCAAUCACAGAAGACCUUCAUGGUUCUCAGUAAAGGAAACAUCAUUAACAGGUUUAGUGCUGACUCGUCUUGUUACCUGCUGAGUCCAUUCAACCCGUUGAGGACCCUCGCAAUCAAGACCCUUCUUCAUCCUUUCUUCAGUAUAUUCAUCCUACUGGCGAUCCUGGGCUUCGGUGUUCUGGAGUUCAAAUUUCCUGUGGUGAAGUACGUGUACAUGGCAAUCUUCGUGUUUGAGGCUCUGGUGAAAGUCGUGGCGAGAGGCUUCUGUGUGGGACGCUUCACCUUCCUCAGAGAUCCCUGGAACUGGUUGGACAUCAUCAUCAUCAGCACCCUCUGCUUUAAUCACUGCUUCAUGAUGAUGAUGAUGAUGAAGGUGGUGAUGAUGACUCUGUGUCUCAGAUUGGUGUCACAGUUCGUAGAUUUGGGGAAGUUUGCUGUGCUGAUGACGAUUUCUCUGCUGCUGAAGAUCUUCACAUGCAGCCGAGGUCUGAAGAAGACAGUCGAAGCUCUUGUCCAAUCGGUGAAGAGGCUUGGUUGUGUCAUCAUCCUGACGUUGUUCUGCCUGAGCAUCUUGGCUAUGAUUGGUUUACAGCUCUUCAUGGGAACCCUGAAGAACAAAUGUGUCAUCUGGUCGAUGAACACAAACACGACAGAGUUCGAUUUCCACAACCACACCACCUCUCCAGAAAACUAUUACUACAUUCCUGGACAUCCUGAUCCUCUGGUGUGUGGAAACCAGUCAGACGCUGAGUGGUGUCCAGAUGGUUUCACCUGUGUGAAAGCAGGAAGUAACCCAAACUUCGGAUACACCAGCUACGACUCGUUUUUCUGGUCUCUGAUGUCACUUUUCAGACUCAUGAUGCAUGACUUCUGGGAAGGCCUGAUGCAGUUGACGUUGCGAGCUGCAGGAAAAUCCUAUCUGAUCGUCUUUCUGUUCGUCUUCUUCCCGGGUUGUUUCUUCCUGCUCAGUCUCAUUUUGGCAGUGGUUGUUGUGACACGAGCGGAGCAAGAAGAGACUCAAGAUGCCGAGGCCAUACAAAGAGAAGAAGAGUUCGGACGGAUUGUGGAGGUGCUGAAGAGGAGAGAGGAGGAGGAGGCUUCCAGCAGGGCAGAGACUCCAGAGCAACAGGACUCACUGCAGAAGAAGAAAUCAGCUGGUAUACGAGCUACUAAGCAAGAAUACGUUGAAGAGGCAGAGGAGCACCACCGGCCUUUGUGUUGCACCUGCACUGACGCCUUCCUGAAGGGGGACUGUUGUGGCUGCUGGCGAUGGCUCAAACAGCAGCACACUUUUAUCACGAACCCUUUCUUUGACCUGGUCAUCAUCAUCUGCAUCAUUGUUAGCACCAUCUUCACAGCCAUGGAACAUUACCCUAUGAUGGAGGAGUUCAUGGAGACCCUGGUCUUCGCUGAGCUGGUCUUCCGUGUGAUCUUUGCAGUUGAGAUGAUCAUCAAACUUGUCGCACUGGGCCUGCAUGGAUACUUCCAGGUGCGCUGGCAUAUCUUCGACUUUAUCCUCGUCAUCAUUUCUCUGGUGCAGCUGGGACUGGCUGACGUUGAGGGUCUAUCUUUGCUGCACAGUUUUCUUCCGUUUCGAGUGUUUCGGCUGGCCCGUUGGUGGCCGAUGCUCCACAUGUUUUUGAAGAUCGUCUGGGCCUCAGUGGGGAACCUGACUCUGGUUCUCUUCAUCACGGUCUUCAUGUUCUCUGUGGCGGGCGUGCAGCUGUUCCAGUCGGACUACAAAGCUAACGUCUGUCGCAUUUCUCAUGACCGCCAGCUUCCUCGUUGGCAUAUGGAAGACUUUUUCCACACCUUCAUGCUUGUCUUCAGGGUCUUGUGUGGACUGUGUUUAGAGUCUUUAUGGGAUUGCAUGGAGGUCUCGAAUGAUGGCAUGUGUGUGACCUUCUUCAUGAUUGUCCUGAUUGUUGGAAAGCUGCUGAUCCUACAUCUGUUCCUGAAUUUAUUGUUCAUCAAUGUUCAGCUGGUGGAUUCAGAAGACAAAACAACAAACAUUCUGCAGAGUACCAUGAAACAGACCAGAACCUGGAUCCCCAAGAGAAUCUGGACUUUGUGGGGGAAGAACUACGCUGACCAAGAUCACAAAGGUGACACUGAAAAAGACAACAAGGAGGAAUAUCUGGCCUUAAGCUCUGUGAGCUCAGAUCAGCUGACCCUUGAUGAUAACCACACAAACAUGGCCGCCUGGGAGGCCCCCGUCGCUGUGGCUGAGAUCGAGUUUAGGACGCCUGAAAAUGCAGAAGAAAAGGAGACGCAGCAUUGUGACGUCAUGCAGAAACGUAAAGAUGAAACUCAUCCAGAACCUGAGGACUGCUGCUGCAACAGCUGUUACAUCUGCUGUCCGUUCCUGGAAAUAGACACAUCCCAGGGUACCGGCAGGGUCUGGUCUAACUUCAGGAGAGCCUGCCUCUGCAUCAUGCAACACAAAUUCUUUGAGGGCUUCAUCGUCUUCAUCAUCCUGCUGAGCUGUGCAGCUCUGGUUUUUGAGGACAUCUACCUGGGGCAUCGUCCAGUCUUGCAGAGAGUUUUGAAGAUGGCAGACCUGGUGUUCACCUUCGUGUUUCUGGUGGAGAUGCUACUGAAGUGGAUCGCUUUUGGAUUCAAGAAAUACUUCACAAGCUUCUGGUGCUGGCUCGACUUCCUCAUCCUAGAUGUGUCUCUGUUCUCCCUGAUGGGCAACAUGCUUGGAUACACCAGCCGGCCUCUGAGAGCUCUGAGGACUCUGAGGGUCCCGUCUCGCUUCAAGGGCAUGAGGGUGGUGCUGAAGGUGCUUGCCGUGACGCUGCCCUCCAUGUUCAGCAUGCUGCUGGUGAUUCUGGUCAUCUGGCUUGUCUUCAGCGUGAUAGGAGUGAAUCUGUUUGCAGGAAAGUUUUCUUACUGUUACAAUGAGACUUCAGAGGAGCUUUUCUCCUUUUACGUGGUGAACAACAUGACUGAAUGCUUUUCACUGAUGGAUCAGAAUUUCUCUGAGGUCAACUGGAAGACGUGGACGUUUAAUUUUGACAAUGUGGGGAUGGGUUUCCUGUCGCUGCUGAUCAUGGGGACGUCUUCAGGCUGGAUGGACAUCAUGUAUGCAGCUGUGGACUCCAGACAAGUGGAAGACCAGCCGCACUACGAGAUCAAUGUGUACAUGUACCUGUACUUCAUCUGUUUCAUUAUCAUCGGCUGCUUCUUUACGCUGAACCUCUUCAUUAGAGUCAUCAUUGAUACGAUCCACCAGCAGAGACACAAGUUCGGAGGGAAACAUGUUUUUGUGACGGACCAGCAGCAGAAAUAUUUGAGCACCAUAAAGAAACGAUUCUCUGAAAAACGCAACAAAACAGUUCCACAACCUCAGAAUUGCUGCCUGGCUUGGCUGUUUGACCUGGUCACCGCUCUGUACUUUGAGAUCUUCAUGGUGGUGGUUAUCUUCUUCAACAUGGUGGUUCUAAUGGUGGAGACUGAUGAUCAGAGUGAGGAGAAGUCACUUGUCCUGAACUGGAUCCAUCUCAUCCUUGUGGCCAUCUUCCUUGUUGAGUUUAUCCUGAAGAUCAUUGCACUCAGAAAGCAUUACUUCAGAAAUGUCUUGCACAUUGUGGACUUUGUGGUUCUCACUUUGUCCAUUAUAGGUCUCUUCUUAGCUGACAUCUUGGAAAAAUAUUUCGGCAGUCCCUCUCUCUUUUCUGUUAUGCGAUUGGGUCGUUUGUUCACCUUAUGUGGAGCAUUCCCUCACAUUCGGUUUGCCAGAAGGAUCUGGAUGCUGAUUAUGGGCUUUGUGAUGUCACUUCCUGCCCUUUUCAACAUCGGCCUGCUCUUCUUCCUAAUUGUGUACACAUUCUCCAUCAUUGGGAUGUUUAACUUUGCCUACGUGAAGCAUGAGAUGAUGAUCGAUGACAUGUUUAACUUCAAGACAUUUGGAAACAGCAUCAUCAGCAUGACUAUGAUCACCACGUCCUCGGGGUGGGACGGCCUGUUGAGUCCCAUCAUGAACACGCCUCCAGACUGCGACCUGCGAUUACCUGAGCCUGGUAACUGCGCCAACCCGACGGUGGGGAUUGUUUUCUUCAGCUCCUACAUCCUCCUCUUCUGCCUGCUGGUGAUCCACCUGUUCAUCGUUGUCAUCCUGGAGCUCUUCAACACAGCGAGCCCUGAGGACGCUGAGAUGCUGAGUGAUGAUCACCUCCAGAUGUUUUAUGAAACCUGGAGGAGAUUUGACCCCAGUGGCUCGCAGGUCAUACAGUACAGUGAGCUGGCAGACUUCUGUGAUGGUCUCCAGGAUCCUUUGAGGAUUCCCAAACCAAACACCAUAAAACUGACUCACUUGAAUCUGCCUCUGUUUCCUGGAGACCAGAUCAGCUGUUUGGAUGUUCUGCGCACAAUUACUACACAGGUAAGGUCACCUGGGACGGGCUGCCAACAUUUUGAUAUGUUUCUUAAACUCUGUUUGCUUAAACUAAAACCACUCUAAAGUCUUCUCCUUAAAUGUUUACUGAAGAAUUUUAGGUUUCCUCUUUAUUUUCAUCUUGUUAAUCAACCAAAGACCCAGACAUUCAUUUGAAAGCCUGAUGC